AUGUCCUCUGUCCUUUCAACCAUUUCUGAAUCUUCUAUGUCAACUUCCUAUCCCAGCCAUGGUGGUAGCCUAGCUUCCUCUUCAAUUCCCAGCCUGCUGUCUACCACCCCCUCUGUCUCCACACAGACAAUCACAGGCCUCACAGAGGAACUCACUCUUGCUACUUCCACCCCUGAUUCAUCAAAACCUACAGGCACCUUGAACAGCACUGUUACUGUAGGGAAUGAAAUUUCUGCUUCCACAUCAAGGCCUGGAGAAUCCUUAACCACUUCCAUUGGAGAUGGACACAUGACCACAUCUUCUUCUCUGGGAUCCACUGUCUACACCAGCUCCUCAGAUGGGUCCAUGCCAUCAUUCUCUACCCAUUCUUUGUACAGUACAAACAGUGCAAGUCCUUCCUCAUCAAGCCCCAGUGAGAUCUCCACCCACACUGUGGUCUCACAAUAUACCACCAUGACUGCCAAAGAGGAGUCGACUUCUGGCUUUUCUUCUCCUGUGUCCUCCACUUCACCUGGCUCCACUGGUGCUCCAGUCCCUGGAUUCAGUACCACUUCAACCCUGCGUCCCCCAUUCACUAGGACACAGACAACUGUGAGGACAACCCACUCUUCAACUACGACACCAUUGCAGUGCUACAAUGGGGCCACUUGGAACGGAAAAAAAUGUGUCUGUACCCAAGGCUACUCUGGUUACCAGUGUAAAUACCCCACAGAAUACUUUUACAUAGAAACACCCCAAAAAAUCAACGCCACUGUAGACCUGAGUGUGAAAGUGACUAACAGGAAUUUCACAGAUGACCUAAAUAACAAAUCCUCCGAUGCAUACAAGAACUUCGUUCAAGUAUUCAAGAGUCGGAUGGAUAAAGUUUACAGGGACAAAAACUUUCCCCAAUACAGAGGAGUGAAUGUCAUAAGACUGCGUCCUGGCAGCGUCGUGGUGGAACACGAACUCAUCAUGGAGGCCAACUACACUUCGGGGUACCUGGAGCUGUUCGAAAACCUCACUAAGAUUGUAAGGGCCAAGAUUAUGAAUGAGACCGGACAGCUACAUGGGAAUUCUCAAGACUGCGAAAACCUCUCACUCCUGUGCUAUGAUGAGACGGACACCAUCGUGAACCCCGUGAAGGUCAACUUUGACCUGCAAGAGCAAUGCACUAAAAAUGCUGCAGAGAAAUUCGCCCAGUUCUACUACGUGGAUGAGGUGGAUGGGAAGCUGGCCUGUGUGACCAAGUGCACCCCAGGGACGAAGUCGGAAAUGGACUGUCACCACGGCACGUGCCAGCUGCAGCAAAGUGGCCCCCGUUGUCUAUGCCUGAACUCAGACACACACUGGUACUCGGGGGAGACCUGUGAAUCCAGCACCAGCAAGAGCAUGGUAUAUGGGGUCGUGGGGGCCGUGGCAGCGCUCCUGGUGAUCUUGGUGGUGGUCCUGAUCUUCUUACUCGGCCGAUCCCAGAGAAAACUGCAAAGGCGAGAGUAUGACAUGGCUCGAGAGUGGCAAGAUGCAGGCUACCCUGGCAGUUUUGAGAACACAAGCGUCUGGGAAGGUCAGGAUCUGAAGGGGGACACGUUUGGCCUUGAAAACAUCUACAGAAACUUCCAGCCCUCCCUGAGGAGCGUGGACCCCACUACAGAGCUCCACAUUCAGAGGCCCACAGUGGUGACGACUGCUCAGUGA